UCUUCAUUGUGUGCCAGGUUCAUUGCACGCGUUCCUCCUUGGCAUCGGCAAGCUUGACAACUGGGACCCCUCGCUGGGACUGAAAUAGUCGAAGGAAGUGCCGUAAGAAGGAGCUCGUCUUGUGGCUGCUGAACCUUUGCAUUCCUAGAAGAUCGAACCGUUGUCUUGCUCUUCUUGGUUAUUCGUUGUUGCUCAUAUUCUAAACCGAUGGCGUCUGAUUCGAAUGGACCUGCAUCUGAUAAUACCCUCCGGUCUAUCUGUUACAAGCGGGGUUCGCUUCAGCUUCUUGAUCAGAGAAAGCUCCCUCUAGAAACAGUUUAUUUGGACAUUCAGAAUUCAACAGAUGGCUGGAGUGCCAUAAAAGAUAUGGUGGUCCGAGGAGCACCUGCUAUUGCCAUCGCAGCAGCACUUUCUUUGGCUGUUGAAGUUUCCAAUCUAGAGGCAUUUAAUGGGUCACCUCAUGAUGCAGGAAGCUUCCUCGGAAAGAAAUUAGAUUAUCUUGUCUCAAGUCGGCCAACUGCAGUGAACCUUUCAGACGCUGUAACUAAACUCAAAGAAGUUAUAUCUAAGGCUGUUGCUUCUACUACGGAGGCCAAGAGUGUUUUUCAGGCGUAUAUAGAAGCUUCUGAGAUUAUGCUUGAGGAUGAUGUUGCCUCAAAUAGAGCAAUUGGUUCUUUUGGAGCUAGUAUUAUUCAACAACAGACAGGGAAAAUAAAGCUUUCUGUCUUGACCCAUUGCAACACUGGAAGUCUUGCCACUGCUGGAUAUGGUACUGCUCUGGGUGUGAUUCGUGCACUUCAUAGUGAAGGGGUUUUAGAAAGGGCCUAUUGCACAGAAACACGCCCAUUCAAUCAGGGAUCUAGGCUCACGGCCUAUGAGUUGGUGCAUGAACGCAUACCUGCAACUCUUAUAGCAGAUUCUGCGGCAGCUGCACUGAUGAAAGCUGGACGAGUAGAUGCUGUUGUUGUUGGGGCAGAUCGUGUUGCAUCAAAUGGUGACACAGCCAACAAAAUUGGAACCUAUAGUGUUGCCUUGUGCGCCAAGUUUCAUAAUGUACCCUUUUAUGUGGCUGCCCCUUUGACUUCCAUUGAUCUAUCACUUUCUUCCGGACAAGAAAUUGUCAUUGAGGAGAGAUCUCCCAAGGAAUUGUUGAAUGCACGUGGAGGACUUGGAGAGGCCGUUGCCGCACCAGGAAUUUCUGUGUGGAACCCCGCAUUUGAUGUCACACCGGCUGCUUUGAUUUCCGGUAUCGUCACAGAGAAGGGUGUCAUUACCAAAACAAGUGAUGAUACAUUCGACAUAAAAGCUUUCGCACAGAAGACAGGUUAUGCCAAGGGCUGAAGUAAUGAUAACGUAACAUUAGUUCUCUGCUUGAAAAACGACUUGUGGAUAGUGAAUUAUGGGGAUAAGUUCAUGAAGACAUGUUCAAUAUCUAAUCAUUUUGAUUCAAGCAGCGUAGGGUAAGUUUGUCAGAUGAGGUGCAAGUGGUCCUGCAAAACAGAUAGGGACUAGUAAAUGAAUGGGUAAGUUGAACAAUAAUUAGAUGUGGAUCCUAUGUGCUGUUGAAACAACACACUACUGUUCUGACACAAUAGCGUACUAUUCAUAAAUUCAUAAAUACAGGAUUACAAUACAUGGAAGAUGAGUCCUUGUCCUUGAUGGUUGAUACUGAGUUGGU